AUGCAUACCCCACAUGGCACAAUCUGCAACCCACAAAUCUCCAACAUCUGUGAGAUCCCUCGGUCAGCUUGGGAUUGUGAUGGUGGUUUCAAGAGUAAAUCCGUCAUCUCAGAGUUUAAUCUCCAAUGCUCGAGCUCCUUCCUCAGAGGUCUCCCCACGUCAGCUUUUUACGUGGGUGCUAUCUUUGGAGGGCUUUUCAUGGCUAUGAUCCCAGACGGUUUCUUGGGACGGAAGCAACUUCUUUUUUUCACAACGUUAGCAAUGUCAGUCACUGGAAUCUCUAUUUACUUCUCCUCUAACAUAUGGAUCUACGCUUUCUUAAAAUUCGUUGUCGGAUUCAUGCGUGCACCGGUCGGGACGUAUGUGUUUGUUCUGAUAAGCGAGCGAGUUUCCACUAAAUGGAGGCCUAGGGCUACUAUGAUUCCGUUUAUUCUGUUUGUGUUAGGUUUCAUGUCGCUGUCUGGAAUCUCUUACCUUUUCCGACACGCUUCCUGGAGAUUUGUCUAUCUCUGCACGUCUGUUCCCGCGGCUGUGUACUGUAUUUUCCUCUAUUUGUUCGCUAUUGAGUCUCCUCGUUGGCUUCAUCUGCAAGGGAGGAACGAAGAAGCUAUUGAAGUUACUUGGAAUCAGCAUCUAUUUGGUUACCUUCAAAAGAAGCCCAAGAAGAGGCCCAAAGGGUCAGGGUUGUCUUAUUACGGAGUUCCAUUAGCCGUGAGAGAUAUGAAAGUGAAUAUCUACUUGAGUGAAGCCCUAAACGCAAUGGUGGAGUUACCAACUUUCGUUAUCACACCAAUCUUGCUAGAGAAAUUCAGCAGAAGAAGCUCUGUGGUUGUGAAUUGCUUACUUGGAGGAGCAUCAGGAGUGUUAUGUUUCGUCCUAAGCAUUUUCGGGAUGACAAACGUUGCCUUCGCUCUCGAACUCGCUUCUUUCUUUUGCGGGAGGAUUCAGUUUAACUUGAUGGCGGUUUAUAUGGUUGAACUGUUCCCAACAUGCGUGAGGAACACGGCAACGUUGAUGCUUAGACAAGCGCUUGUUGUCGCGGGUGCUUGUUCUCCAAUCAUUGCUUCGAUUGGAAGAGAUGGAUCGUCACUUUCUUUCGCGGUUUUUGGGAUAGCAAUGGCGGGUCUUGGGUUAUUCGCUUUGCUUCUUCCUGAGACUAAAGGGUCUAGUCUAUGUGAUACAAUGGAAGCACAAGAAGAGAGAGACCGAGCCUUCACUACUAGCCAAAGUUGCUUAAAAUAG